AGCUUAAAAAAUGAUUGGGACCAAAUUUGGCAAUAGCUUUAAAAUUUGAUGAUUGAGAGCUGCGAGAUGGGUGUCGGUCUGUGGCGAUUGAAUUCACCUGACGUUCAACGCAUGGCAUUGCUGUCAUUCCUUUUGAGUAUGGAGAAUCCCUUUAGUUCUUUGCUAUUUUUUUCAUCGUAAUUAUAAUAAUAAUAUUAGAGAGAGAGAGAGAGAGAGAGAGACGAAGCAAAACCUUCCUGGGUGGUGCGGGUUGGCGAUUCUGCGAUGGCGGAAGGGGGAGAGCAUCGGGGCGUGGAUGCAACUACCCCUGACUUGCUCAAGAACACGCCUUCUAACAUUGCGAGAUUGGAGGACGUGAUCGAACACUCUAAAGCCAGACACAAGUAUCUUGCGCAGACUGCUAGCCCCUCCGAUGGCGGUGAUGUUAGGUGGUACUUUUGUAAAAUCCCUUUGGCUCCCAGUGAGUUGGCAGCCUCAUUCCCGCGAACAGAGAUAGUUGGGAAGAGUGACUAUUUCCGUUUUGGCAUGAGAGAUUCUCUGGCUAUUGAAGCAUAUUUCUUGCAGAGAGAGGAGGAGUUACUUUCUAGCUGGUGGAGAGAGUAUGCAGAAUGUAGUGAAGGCCCAAGAGAACGACAAAGUUUUAGUACCAACUCCGAUAAGCAUCCUAAUGGAUCUUUUCUGGGACAUGCACAAUCUUCUGAACUAUAUGAAAUAGAGGAAGAGAGAGUUGGUGUCCCUGUUAAGGGAGGACUGUAUGAGGUAGAUUUGAUUAAGAGACAUUGUUUCCCUGUUUAUUGGAAUGGAGAAAAUCGACGUGUCCUAAGAGGCCAUUGGUUUGCUCGUAAAGGAGGGCUUGAUUGGCUACCACUUCGUGAAGAUGUUGCUGAACAACUAGAGAUUGCUUAUCGUGCUCAGGUUUGGCACCGGAGAACAUUUCAACCGUCAGGACUUUUUGCGGCUCGGGUUGAUUUGCAAGGCUCCACCCAAGGUCUGCAUGCCCUUUUUAUGGGAGAAGAUGAUACCUGGGAAGCCUGGCUAAAUGUCGAUGCUUCUGGCUUUUCUAGUUUUGUUGGUUUUGCUGGAAAUGGAAUCAAGCUUAGGCGUGGGUACUCCCCAUCAAAUUCUCCUAAACCAACCCAGGAUGAAUUAAGGCAGCAGAAGGAGGAGGAUAUGGAUGAUUACUGUUCACAAGUCCCUGUUCGACACUUGGUAUUUAUGGUUCAUGGGAUUGGUCAAAGAUUGGAAAAAUCCAAUUUGGUUGAUGAUGUGGGAAAUUUCCGGCAUAUUACGGCAAGUCUUGCAGAGCAGCACCUUACGUCACAUCAACGUGGCACUCAGAGGGUCCUCUUUAUCCCAUGCCAGUGGAGAAAAGGUUUGAAGCUGAGCGGUGAAACAGCUGUUGAGAAAAUAACUUUGGAUGGAGUGAGGGGAUUGCGUGUCAUGCUGAGCGCAACUGUUCAUGAUGUGCUAUACUACAUGAGCCCAAUUUACUGUCAAGACAUAAUUGACUCGGUAUCCAACCAACUGAAUAGACUAUAUUUGAAGUUUCUCAAGAGGAAUCCUGGAUAUGAUGGAAAGGUUUCAUUAUAUGGUCAUUCUCUGGGUAGUGUCCUCUCAUAUGAUAUCCUUUGCCAUCAAGAUAAUCUGUCAUGCCCAUUUCCAAUGGACUGGAUGUAUAAGCAACACAGUGAAAAUGAGGAAUCACUCCCUGAUAAGAAAAAUGAUUUUUUUCAAAACUCACCUAUCAAUCAGGAUAACACAUUUGAUAUGGUGAACCCCUCUGAUGAAAAGAAGCAUACACAACAGACUUGUUCAGAAAUGGAGGCAGAAAAUAUUGGGGAGUCCUCAGUUUUAGGCCCUGCAUUAUCAAGUGUACAUGACUUUACUGCAGAACCUAACUCUUUGGAACCAUGUAAUAAGGGAGAUGUUUCUGAGUUCCAUUCUGAUUCCAGUGACAUGUUUUUUGAGAAGAUGGAUGCAUUUGAUAAACCUGAGAGCAUGAAUGUUGGGCUACAAGUGGAUAAGGAAGAAUGUAAAAAUACAAGCUACAAAGAUGAAGUAAUCAAGAAGCUCAGGGAAGAGAUUGAUUCAUUGAGAGCCAAUCUAGCUGAACUGGAAUCGCAUUGUGGCAAUAAUCAUACUGAAGAAGAGCUACAUUCUGCACAACAGCUAUCUAAAAAGUUAUCUCCCAUACAAGAUGCGCCAAAGAGUUAUACUCCAUUUAUCAAGUACACAAAGCUUCAAUUCAAGGUUGAUACAUUCUUUGCUGUUGGAUCCCCUCUGGGUGUAUUUCUUGCACUUCGUAAUAUCCGAAUUGGUGUAGGUAGAGGUAGAGGCCAAGAAUAUUGGGAGCAGGAAAAUAUAAGAGAGGAGAUGCCAGCUUGUCGGCAGUUAUUCAACAUCUUUCACCCCUUUGAUCCAGUGGCAUACAGGAUAGAGCCACUUGUCUGCAAAGAAUAUAUCAGCAAACGACCUGUUUUGAUACCAUAUCACAGAGGAGGAAAAAGGUUGCAUAUUGGAUUUCAGGAAUUUACUGAAGAUCUAGCAGUUCGCACUCAGACAAUAAAGAAUUAUAUGAAAUCUGCAAGGGAUAAAGUAAUUACAGUUUGUCAAGCAAAGAAUAUGGAGAACAUAGAAGGGGAGAGUUCUGAAGAGGAGGAAGGGUCAUCAUAUGGAUCUUUUAUGAUAGAGAGGUUGACAGGAAGCCAGAUUGGACGAAUUGAUCACAUGCUUCAGGACAAGACCUUUGAGCAUCCAUACCUGCAAGCCAUUGGCUCACAUACAAACUAUUGGCGGGAUUAUGAUACCGCUCUUUUCAUAUUGAAACACUUGUAUCGUGAUAUACCAGAAGACCCCAAUUUGUCAAUUGUAUCUAGCGGGGGCAGCCCAAAAUAUGAGAGUAGCUCUGCUGGUUGGUACGAUCAAAGAGACACUGUUGAGGAAGAUCUUCCUUUGACUUUUUCUGACAAGUUUAUGAUCAGAAGUUUCUCAAGCAAAGCUAAGAAGAUUAUGCAGCACAGGGCAUCAAAUUUCUAAAUGCAUGGCUGCUAAUGAUGUAACCACCUCAGCACAUCAGAUAAGAGAUUUGCAAGCAUCCGGCGUUACUGCUCUCACGAUGUUAUUGAGAUUGUGCAAUUUAUGUAUAUUAAAAGGAUUCUCCAUCUCAGCAUUGUUUCAUAUGGAUCGCUAGUGUAGAGAUAAAUUAGUUCAUUUUCCAUUGUACAUAAUAAAGGAAAAAGAAAUACAGGAAAAUUAUCCUUCUACCUUAUGGUUAGUACCAAUAUAUAAGAACUGCAUAAAGCUUGUGUUACUAAAAUAAGCUGCAUAACGAUUUUGCUUAACCUUUGUCUGUUUGGGAGUUAUAAUGAAAUGAUUCUAAUUUC